CAUAACAUAAAAAAGCAACAUGGCUACUUGGGGAAUAUGUAACAUCAAGAAAGUUGUAAAUGGUUUACCGUCUCUUUGCUCGAGCAAAUCUCUUUUAAAAAGUUUAUUUUUAUUGACAUGUUUCAUAAAUUUAUAUCCUACAAUCUUAGGCAAGGGACAACUCUUGUCACUGGAUGAAGAUAACUGGCAAGAAAUGCUUUCGGGAGAGUGGAUGGUUGAAUUCUUUGCACCAUGGUGUCCUGCAUGUAAGGCUUUAGAACCUGUUUGGAAAGAGUUCUCAGACUGGAGUGAUGAUUUGGGAAUAAAGGUUGGAAGUGUAGAUGUUACCCAAAACCCAGGAAUGAGUGGAAGGUUUAUGGUGACAGCGUUACCAACAAUCUAUCAUGUGAUAGAUGGACAGUUUCGACAAUACAGGGGAUCUCGUGACAAAGUUUCAUUUAUAAACUUUAUUGAAGAAAAGAAAUGGUCUAGCAUUGAUCCUGUGUCAUGGUGGCAAUCACCCCAAUCUAUUAUAAUGUCUACUAUCUCCUACUUUUUCAAGCUUUCCAUGGCACUAAGAAGUGCACACAACAAAAUAGUUGAAGAGUAUGGAAUUCCUUACUGGGGAUCUUAUAUAAUAUUUGCACUAGGAACCAUUAUCUUAGGUGCUAUACUGGGUUUGAUGAUUGUAUGUAUCAUUGACUUCUUCUUUCCUCCAAAAGUAUAUGUACAAGAAGUAUCUGAAAAGAUUCAUCUUCCUGAAGAAGAACUGGAUAGUGGUGAUGUGGAGGAGGAAGAUGUGAUUGAAGAUGAUAGUACCAAAGAUAAUCAAGAACUCAGGAGAAGAAAUAUUGAAACAGAGCAAGCUGAGAAAUGAAAAUAUUACUUCUUUAUUUCCCUAAUUCCAUAAUUGCCUUUCAGUAGGAAAAAUGUGGGUCUGUUCCUGUCAGUUACUGAGAAAUGAUAGUGGACUGUGUACAACUUGACUCCCUGUAUUUAUGCAAAGGUUUAUGUAAUUGAUUAGCAACAAUUUAUAGGAAAUGUUUGUGUGAUAAUUGUUGCAUAAGUAUGUUUAGUGUAUUCUGAAAUGUUAAAAUGAUAUUUGAUUUAUGGUGCUCUACUUAUAAGCUAAUUUUUGAAUUUAAAAUUGAAGUUUAUACUUUCAUGGCUUUGUAUAGCAGAGAAAAUAUUCACAGGUGUUUGUGUGUGUAUAGUCUAUAAAUAGGCUUCUUGCAUCAUUUUUGACAUCACUACUGUGAGAGUUUUAAUUGGAAACAAAUUGAACAUAGAAUUAUCAGUCUUGUUGAAUUUGUUAGGUAUUCUGUCAGUUUUGUAGAUGAUAACAUACAAAAGCAUUAAAUUACAUUGAAAUCCAAAGUUGAUAUGUCCAUUACAAAUAAGUUUUAGGCAUUAAUGUAAAAAUGUUUGAUGGGUUAAAGUAGUAAUGAAAACUUAGCCUUACACUUGUAUCAGAGUGUGAAACACUGUGAUGCACAAAUGUUUUGUUUUCUUUACCA